AUGGGAAGCAUACGUCUGGCGCUGACAGAUAGUCCUGCGGAGAGAUACAUCUACCCCGCAGAGUGGUCGCCUCACCUCGCAACCAUCUUGGGGUUCCCAUCUGAAUACUCCAUCGCCUCGACCUACUAUGCGGACGCCUGUCAAGAAAUUAUCAAUCUUGCUACGGCGAUAUCUACUUUCGAGCCCGUCCGCCUAUAUGCGAGACCCGUAGAUGUCCCAAAGGCGCAGUCCAUAAUCAACGAGCAUUCUGCGACGCUGUCGCGGACACUAAACGUGAGCGUGAUCCCUACGCCUACAAACCACCUUUGGGUACGGGAUACUGGCCCUAUCUACGUGCGUAGUACUAGCAAUAGCAUACCUCGGCAACGGUAUGCUAUCAAUUUCCGAUUCAGCGAAUGGGGCAAACGGGACAAGAUCAAUAAGCAUGACCGUGCGACAGACGGGCUAGAUUGGCCCCUCAUGAGCCCCGAGCAAUUAGAGGAAAACGCCACCUUCGCCCAGCGGAUCAUCGCGCAGGAUAUCUUCCCCUCGCCCGUGGUGCAAAUUGAGUCCCUGGUCCAUCUAGAAGGGGGAGCACUAGUUAUUGACGGCGAAGGCACACUCCUUGCCACUGAAAGCAGUAUCCUCAACGAAAAUCGCAAUCCAGAUAUGUCCCGCGCUGACGUCGAGGCCGAGCUGCGCCGCCUUCUCGGUGUCGAGAAGAUCAUCUGGUUCCCCGGUCGGCGGAACCUGGAUGUGACGGAUGUCCAUUGCGACGCCGAGGUUAAUUUUGUUCGACCGAGCGUGGUUGUCCUCUCGCGGCCUCAUCCCAGCGUUCCCCGGGUGUGGAUGGACGUCCAUAAGGAGAUUCUGCAGAUCCUGCAACGUGAAGUAGAUGCUAGAGGGCGUCCAUUUGAGAUCCAUAUUCUUGAUGAACCGAAUCCAAACUGUCUUGCAAAAUCGCCGUCAUACGAGGAGCCCGCAACGAACUAUGUCAAUUUUUACUUCUGUAAUGGCGGUCUUAUACUUCCGCAGUUUGGGGACAAAGAGCGGGAUAAACUCGCCCUCGAGACACUGCAGACCUUAUGUCCGGAUCGUAAGGUCUGUCCGCUGCAGGUAAAGGCCCUGCCUCUGGCUGGGGGGUGA